AUGUGCGAUAGCAACCUAUGUAUUAUUACUGCUGGUAAUAUGAUCAAGAAAAUGAAUCAAUCAGUCCAUCCUUGCCAGGAUUUCUAUCAAUUUGCUUGUGGGAAUUUCUUAGCCAAUACUCCGAUGCCAUCUGGCCAUACACGUUGGGCACUCUUUUCUGAGAUUGCUAACAAAAAUAAUUUUGUCAUUAAGAAAGCUGUUGAAUCGUAUAAGUCAUUACAAUCUCAAGCUAGCCAUACAGUAUUACCAGCUAUCACUAAAGUUAUAAAUAUGUAUCAGUCGUGUAUGAAUUUAACAAUUAUUGACCAAUACGGAGGGCAACCUCUAAUUCAGCUGAUGAAAAAAUUACAACCAUGGAAAUUAAGUUCUGACCGAGAUUGGAUUGCAGACCACUGGGAUUUUAAUCAGGCUUUAAUUGAGAGCCAUUUUCUCGGUGGAGGUGGAUUAUUUUUAAUUUAUGCCAAUACUGAUCCUGGAAAUUCUAGUCGAAUCAUUUUACAGGCUGCUCAAGCAGGAACUGGUCUGUCGUCCAGACAUUACUAUUUAUCUAAUAGUAGUUUACUGGGCAAUUACAAAGUAUACAUGAUGGAUAUCUUUAAGUUGUUAAAUGUGAAACAAAGUGCAGGUAAUAUCAGUCAGAUAGUCGAAAAGGUGGUCGAGUUGGAAAUUGAAUUAGCGCAGCAAUUCUUGCCUGCAGAAGAGAUGAUGCCUGAUCAAACCUAUCAUUUUAAUGCUGUUGAAGAUUUAAUUACAAUGUGUCCCGUUAUUCCGUGGAUAAAAUUAAUCUCCAAUUUAACCAGUGCAGCUGUUGUUAAUAAAACUGUAAUUAACAUUGCAACACCGCGAUAUUUUCAACACUUAUCUCAUAUUAUUUCGAAAACUGAAAAAAGCAUUAUGUCAACAUACCUUAUGUGGAGAAUAAUCAAUUCCAUGGUUGAUACCUUGUCCAAACCAUUUCGUGAUGCAAAUCGAAAAUUUAAUCUAGCUUUCAAUGGUGGUGAUCCGUCUGCAAUCAAACCGCGAUGGGAGACUUGUAUAGAUAAACUAAAUUAUUACUUUGGAAAAGCAACAGGUCGGCUGUUUGUUGAUAGCCAUUUUCAGGGUAAAAGUAAAGAUCAGGCGAUGAAAAUGAUUGCUGGCAUUCGUGAAGCUUUUCUUAACAAUUUGCCUACGGUAAAGUGGAUGGAUCCUAAAACUGCUGCUAAAGCUAACGAAAAGGCUCGGGCAAUUAUCAGCUUAAUAGGUUUUCCAGAUUGGAUUUUAAAUAAUGAAAAAUUAAAUGCUUAUUAUUCCGGGGUAAUAAUCAAUCCUAAUGAAUUCUUUAAGAAUACUAUCAAUCUCAGGAUAUUUUUAAAUAAUAAAGGAAUGGCAUUGUUAAAGACACCAGUUGAUCGACAUAGGUGGUUUAUGGAACCUUCAACAGUUAAUGCAUAUUUUUCGCAGUCUUUAAAUGAUAUUGUGUUUCCAGCUGGCAUUUUGCAAGAACCUUUCUUUCAUAAAAAUUACCCCAAAUAUUUAAAUUAUGGUGGAAUUGGAGUUGCAAUGGGCCAUGAAUUAACGCAUGGCUUUGACUCCUCAGGUUUAAAAUUUGAUUCUGUGGGAAACUUGAAAUCAUGGUGGGAAGAUGAAGCCAACACUGCUUACGAGCAGCAUGCCAAAUGCAUGAUUGAUCAAUAUGCCAGAUACAAAAUAGAUAAUAUUAAUCUUAAUGGAAAUCUAACUAUUACUGAAAAUAUUGCUGAUAAUGGUGGCAUGAAACUUGCAUAUAACGCUUACCAAAAAUGGAAAAAUGAUAAUGAGCAGGAAGUACAAUUGCCGGGACUUAAAUACACUCCUGAUCAAAUGUUAUUUAUUGCUUUUGCUCAGAUAUGGUGCACGUUGGAGACACCUCAGACAACUCGUCAUUUGAUUCUAACGAAUCGCCAUAGCCCUGGUAAAUACAGGGUUAUAGGUACCUUAUCCAAUAGUAGGGAAUUUACUAAAGCUUUUAAAUGUAAUGCUGGAACUCCCAUGAAUCCAGAAAAGAAAUGCAGUGUCUGGUAA